CGCGUCGAUCGGACCGUCAAACACAAGCCAAACUUCUAGCCCUCUUCAUUUUUUCAUUCUCUCUCUUUGCGCCCAUUCGACCAGUUUGUCGGGUUUGAAUUCUCCUAACAUCAACCAUCAUGCCCCGACAAAAGAGAAAGGCGCCGGAUGAUGACUCCACCGCUCCCUUCCGCCGUCCUCCCAGCAUCCGUCGAUCGAGCCGUUUAGCGGCGCGUGGCGGGACACAAACCAUGGCAGCACCAAUGGGCCGACAGCUUUCGGGCAUGUCAACUGACAUGGAGGAGGAAUCGGACAAAGACAGAGAAGCUGAGGCGAUGGAACGCGUGCAUAACUACGAUUAUAAGGAGAAGGAGAAUGUUGUUAACUGCCUCCUGUCAUGCGCCAAGUGGUUCCCCGAGGCCGGCAAAAUGUCUUUGGUCAGAGACAUCCUUCGCGCGGACUCCGACAAAAUGCUUUACGCUGUCUACCGUAAUUUUUACACAGCUCUGUUUGUUCCAAUGAAGGCGGCAAGUAGGCAACCAUCCGUCGAUCCUUCUCCUGUUCCGAAAAGACAACAAAAUGCAGAGCUGGUCGCAUCAACUAUCGAUAAACUACAGACCCGAAUUGCGUCCUUUCCUGAAAACGUGUUCAAGAGGGAUGAUUACCGUUGUGUUGUCUCGGGUGAUGUAGACUCCAAAUACCACCAACAGAUGGGAUUGCCGGAAGAUGUUCGUGACAUCAAGCUCAAUGGGGCCCAUAUUAUACCAUUCUCAUAUGGGUCCUGGAAAGAAAAAGGCGUGCCAGAAAACGUCGCCAGCAUUUGGGAGAUGCUAUACCGUUGCUUUCCGGGGGUAAGGCGGGCUUGUCUCACAGUUGACACCAUCAAUUCGCCAGAGAAUGGACUCACAAUGAACGUGCUCCUGCAUGCAGCGUUCGGGGAGUUUAGAGUCGCGUUCAAGGAAACUGAUAUCAAGCACCAGUACGAGAUUAAGACAUAUGGACAUACCACCUAUUAUGAACGCCAAAUGAUACCCACUGAUCGGUUAGUCACUUUUACACAAGCUGAAGGCCACAAGGACAUACCGUUGCCUGAUCCAGCACUUUUAAAUUGCCAUUAUCGAGUGGCUGAGAUCCUUCACGCAACUGGUCUUGCAGAGGUAAUUGAUAGAGACUACGAUCGCUGGAAUGAACUGCGACACGCACCCAGUGGAGCGCAGCUACAAGAAGAUGGCUCGACUGAUCUAACCCACUACUUGGAUGCCGCUUUCUGGUGGGCAGUCACCCCAACCAGUCCAACUGCAGCCUGACAUUAAGCCAUCCCCAACCGACCGUGGAGAGCAGACUUCCCUACACAACCUUGUGCAGAAUAGCU